GUUCAGGUUCAGGUUCCGGCUCCGGUAGCAGCGGCUGCGCCUCCAGUACUCUCGGCACCCUACCGCUAAAUCGCUGCUACUCGUCCUUACCCAGGGGCGCGCUAACGGCUUACGGCAGCCUGACACGACCCGCCACUCUACCGCGACUUCCCCUGGGCCUAGGCUUGGGCCCGGCGCCCAACACCGGCAACGGACCUCUGCCCCAGAACGAUCGGGAUCGAGACAGCAACGGAAGCAGCAAGAGAAACAGCGACAGCGUGCUCUGUCAUCGGCUGCCCUUGUUACAUCCUCUGCCCACGUGUGAUGUUACCAGUCAUCAGGGCACCGGCUUCCACGAGAUAUUCAACGCUAUUAGGGAGCCGAACUGCAAGCUGAGAUCUCUGAACGUAUCCAAAUGUCUUCUGGGCGGCUUGGAUGCCGGCUGUUUAGGCGAAACCAUAAGGAAGGCUCGCAAUUUGGAUGCCUUGAGGGCCGCUGGAGCGUCGAGGCCGGCCGAUGUGAUGCCUCUGGUGCUGGCCCUGACGGAAGCGCCCUGUCUCCAGCUGCUGGAUCUGUCUAGUCCCCGACUGGCCCUGGACGAUCAUCCUUCGAGGCUGUUGUGCCACGCACUGGCCAGAAACACGACCCUUAAGCUGCUCAGUCUGGAGGGAUGGACUUUCCGGAUAGAGGAAUCUGACAGUCUAGCAGUGUUCUCCGAGCUGCUUCGAUACACAAGCGUGCGUGAGUUGAGCUUAUGCAACGCGCGUUUGCAUUUAGCGGUGCACGAGGGUCCUCUGGCGAGAUUAGGACGUCGCGAUGACGCCGGCGCCGAGCUCCUGCGAGCCGCACCACCUCCGGCCUGUCCCGCGAUCGUCUUCCUGAGGCUAGCCGGAUUUCAAGUGACAGUGAACGAUCGCCUGGCGCUGCGCGGCCCGUUGCUGCUGCCGUUCCUGGCGGGUUUCACGUCGCUGAGCGAGCUCGACCUGUCGCUGGACAAAUCAACGAUCGGCGGCAGCAGCGGCUCCUUGCUCUUCAUCGACGACAAGAUCCUGCAGCAGUUCUUCUGCUGCCUGGCGGCGCACUUCCGCAGCCUGCAGUCGCUCCGGAUCAACUUCUGGCGGGUCACCCUGGAGGACAGCGACCGUACGAUGCGACAGAUCGCCAAGCACCUCAAGCUGUGCGGCCUGAGCUUCCUCAGGGCGAACGGCCUGAUCGUCACCGACAGCGCCAAGCGCGUGCAGAUGGAACACGUGUUCGUGCAGACGAUCCUCACGCACUUGCAGUGUCUCACCUGGUUGUGCCUGGACGGCGUCGAGCUUACCGAGACGCAGGCCACCAGCGUGGGUAAGUGCGUGCGGGAUCGUUACCCUGGCACCACCCUGGAGAUCAGCGCCAAGGACGUGCACGUGAGAUCGGUCAAGGCUCUGGUGACCGCGGCCGAGGAGGGCGGCAGAACGGAGGUGGUUUAUACCGGCGGCUCCAACUGUCGCCUGAAGAUCACGAAGCUCCAGAAGGGCGGCCGGGGCAAGAAGAAAUGAGGGGAUCGAUAAUUUGGAGGAAGUUAUCCUGGCACACACAGUUUUACCGCGAGGUAAAGGAGAACGAAGAGAGGUCGAUCGAAACGGAGAUCGAUUGGUCUCUUCGCGGACGUGACUGUGGAACUGGGAGAGUUCCGGGAGAUCGAAAGUGGAGAAGGUAUACGCGGAGAUAAAGGAUUAAGUCAACAGAUCGUGCUACGGAAGGGACGCGGAGGAGCGAGCGGGGAAGCCCGGAGAAUCGGAAAAGGGAUUAGAUAAGACGAAGAUGUAAUGUAGAUUUUCCAGGAGCGACGGAUAUCGAAGAGAGAGCGUGUCGAGCAUCGACGUCGAUCUCGGCCGCGUGAGACACGUGUAGAAUAAAGAAGAAGCUAAAUAAAAGAUGUAGAGGGUACGAAAGAGGGAAAUGCGGGUUAACUUUGCAGAUUUUCGUCUUACUGUGAUUUCGUUUCCUGCGCGUCAAGCGCGCUCACCUACGAUAUAGACUCUAUAGAUUAUAGCGAUUUAUUAGAUCUCGAGAACGAUUCGAAAGAAAAACGGGAGCUGCACCGCGCUUCAUUCAUCUAACGCGUUCAAGAAACUAAAGAUACUAAAAGGAGCGCAAACCCGCAAUCAAUAGUGGUCUAGGAAUUUUGCUGUUUUAGCAGGAUUUUUGACGGCAUCAUUUUUCGUCGAAAUUGCGUCGCGUAAAUAAAAAUGAUGCCAAUGUAAAAACGUCUGUUUAAAAAUAUGAAAUUCUGUCUCUUAUUUUAAAACGAUUAUUUCAAAAAUACUUGGUUGCGAGCGUUAUCGUUAGCAGGACGGAUGUUAAUAAUCUUGACAUGCGGACGUAUUUAAAAUAUACAAUUAUUCUUAUUUUUCAUAUUUUUCUACAUAUAUCUUCUACAAUUGUUUAUGAAAUUUCUUUACUUUCAUAGGCAUAAUAAGUUGAAUUAUCUUCGUUCAUAUAUCUCGCAGUAUUUGUUUCAACGAAUAGGAGCAAGAUUGCGUUUGCUUCAUCUGUUUAUGCAAUUUUAAUUGUAGCCAAUAAAUUUUUUACGUGUGAAUCUCAUUAUCACUCGGGAAAAUUGAUUCCGUUUGAUAAACAAGAUUGGAAAUAUUCGAUGCCGCGUGGAGGAAUAAUCUUCUCGACAUUUUUUGGCGGGGAAGAGCGAAAACAAAAGGGAAAUAUGGAAAUACUCAUCGCGCAAGAAAAGAGGGAUGUUAAAGCGAAGAAAAAAGAGGCUGUUGCGAUUACAUAAGUAUCGUUCGUUGUUGUUAGAUGGAGAUGUAAGAUACGAUUCAGAGUAAUAUAUUAUUAGCGAUAUAGAUCACAUCACGAUCGUCACGAUAUUAUUAAAUGUUACAAUCGACCGUCAUUCGCGAUCGGCGAGAUGCGGGUGGCUUUACCGAGUGGGUGGCGCGUUGUUGGGGAUUUGGAGAAAUUUUAUAGAGUAAAUUUUAAACGGUAGGCACAUGAAGGAAAAAAACAACACGCAUACAUACAUGAUGUGUACGUGCGUUUUCGCGACGGCGUGAAAGGAAAGAAAGUCUCGAAUACUCGUAAUUCUUACGAUAGAAGAUACAUAUAAGCAGGCACUCGACGCAGGCUAUUGUUGUAUAAAGUAAUUAAUUAUUGUAAUUAAGAUGACUGCCAAAUCGUAAUACUUGAAGAUCCGCGCUCUUUGCGCGCCGCAAUUAGCGCUAAACUCGACGUUUUGAGGUUUUUGCCUAGUAAAAAGAAGAAAAAAGUCGCCUCGCGAUGAGAGUGAGGCGCAGAGAGAUGUUGCGCGGUUCUGAGGGCCGAAGAUCCGAGUUUAAAUCGAGUUAGUUUUUAUUCGAUCGCCACCUCUCGGAAAAGGAAGAGGCAGGCAAUCCACCGAAAGUGUCUUGCCAUGAACACCCAUCCCUCUAUAGAAGACUGUUCGGAAUCAACGUCAAAUGGGCGUAGAUCCCCAUACAUCUCGCGUACAGAUCAUAUGCAGAAGGGAUCGCGAGGAUCGAAAAAAAUAAUAAAUAGGCACAUCUCUCUGUGCCACUCCAAAAAUAGGAACUGUACACAAUUUUAUUACAUAUAAUGAAAUCGUCCUUUGCGCUUUAAAUGCAGAUUAUGAAUCUGAAAAACCUUCCUCCUUUUCAGGAGUGAAUGUAGGAUGAAACUCGGGAUCGAACCCGAGUUCUCAAGCGAAUGCGAAUCAACCGUUUUCACGCGAAGCAACUCAUCACGUCCCAUGGACCGAUAGUCGCUCGAUCACGUUUAACGCUAAAUGCGGGCUACGAGAGUUCUAGUAUCGUUUUUCGAUGUCGCGCAAACGUUUUAGGAAGGAUCGUUUCUACGAUCACGCGACAAAAGUAGACCGCAUUUUAAACGAGCCGAGAACAAUUUUUCGCAGCGUGAUCGCGAUCGAUCGAUCGUGAUCAAUAUCGGUGCGCCAACGAUAACUGCCAUUCAAUUGGAACAACCAAUGAAAAUAAAAGGGAACGAUCUGCGAAACGCGGAGGAAUCUUUGCUGAUCUUUAAGUUCCGUCUUGUACAGAGCGCUGGUCAAAAGUCUGCCAUUCAUUUAUUAUAAACGUAUAAUAUUAUAAAAAAAUUGAUAUCUUAUAAGGUAAAAUAUAAAUAUUUAAAUAUCU